AUGGGCGCGGAGGGGCGAGGGGCGCGGCCAGAGCUGCGGAGAGUGCUGUUUGGGGAGCUGCAGCGGUUGCGAGGCGGAUGCGAUGAUGUCAGCUGUUCUGGUGGUGGUGGUGGCAUGGGGCACGCCAGAGCGCUGGAGCACGACACGGAGUUGCAUGAUGCGAUGGCAGGGUGGGGCGAGCACACAGUGUGCGCGUGGGAUCAUGAAUGGCCCUCGUGUGACCCGAUGCACAAUGGGGGCGACGGGGCAGGGGAGGUGGGACGCGGGGUGAGGGGGCGAGGCGAGUGGGACAGCGAUGAGGAGGCAGGUGGGCGGUGGGAGGAUGCGGAUGGCGUGUUGCAGCUGAGCGCAGACGAGUACGAGGCGCUGCUGCUGGACAUGCAGACGGCGCUCUAUGAGGAUGCUGAUGAUGCCCAGCCGCCACCCCUCCCCUCGGGCCAUCGGAGCAUGGAGGAGGAGGAGGCAUACCAGCAGGGCAUGGAGGAUGCUCAGAUUUUGGCCGCACUCGCUUAUCAGCAGGAGGCGACGGUGAUCUGCCCGCUGUGCAAGGCGAGUCCCCUGCGCAUGCACGGUGGCACCAUUGAGUGCUCCUGCGGCCUCUUCUCCCUUCACACACACCACCACCACGUGAAAUUGGAGCAUCUGGCAGCGCGGCUGCAGGAGGUGACGUGGCAGCACGCCAUGGACUGCCCUGCGCUGCCCUCCUUCACGCUCCACAGGAGCCACGGCGUCACCGCCCUCCUUGCUCACUGCUCUGCAUGCCCCUUCUUUGAAAUAGUGCUGUAG